AUGGUGGUCGCAGGCGCUGACACUGUCGACAAGGACAGCGUCUUCGCAAACUACAAGUCGGUGUUCUCGACCCAAUUUGCUGUGUCACUGGCCGUCGAGUUUGUGGGCGUGAUGUUCUUCCAAAUCCUUGGAGGAUGCUCCGAACCCAAAAUGGCGCCCUUUGUGAAUGGCUUCGCUUUGGCCGUGUGGAUCUACGUUGCUGCCAACAUCAGCGGUGGUCACCUGAACCCUGCGGUGAGCUUCAGCACAGCUGUUUGCGGCUUCUACCCCGUCAUCCACACCGUGAUCUACAUCGCUCUGCAGAUCAUUGGUGCGAUCGUAGGAGCCUGGGUCUCGGCCGGUUUGGUACCAGGAGCUGGCAUCAUGAUCGGCACUGGGGCAACGGGACCAGGAUGCUUCGAUCGCAGCGUGAUCAAGGAUGUCACGGACGCGCAGGUCUUCGGCUGGGAAUGCGUGAUGACCUUCACGCUCAUCUCUUGCGUCUAUGCCUGCGGUGUGGCUAAGCCGGGACACGGAAGCCACACGCCCUUUGCAGUGGGCCUGGCGUUGCUGGCAUGCGCGGGCUCCGGUGGACAAUACACCGGUGCUGCUCUGAAUCCGGCACGAGUGCUGGGACCGAUGGCUGUGUUCCAAUGCGGCAAGGAUGUGGCCGGCCUGUACAUUGCAGGCCAAUUCGUGGCCGCGAUCCUUGCAAUGUCGGUCUUCGCCUUCGUCUCGGGCCUGGGCCCUCUGAACCCUUUCAUCGCCAAGAAAGCCCUGCAGCUCUCUUGGCCUGAG